UGUUGUACGCUGUUAACUUUUCAAGUGAAGUGAAUGUGGUGUGCUUACUUUGAGAGUGCUGGAGGUCUUAGGUAUUUUUUGACGGUUGUUCAAACUUCUUCAUUUGACAACGGUCAACAUUCAAAUUCAUCUCCUCACCGUUGAAUCUUCCUUCUCCAACUCUCUGGUUUUUGCCUCCAACUACUCUUCUCGUUGCUCUAUAUAUUACACGGAACCACCAAACAUGAAACAUUAACGUUCACUCUGCAAAGAAAAAUGGUGGUGGGUUGGAGAAGACUGAGAAGAGGGAAGAAGAAGAAGAAGGAGAAGGAAGAAAAGGUGGAGGAGGAGGAGGUGGUGACUCCCAACCAUUUCCGGUGCCCAAUUUCUCUGGAGUUGAUGAAAGACCCCGUCACGCUCAGCACCGGCAUCACAUACGAUAGAGAAUCCAUUGAAACGUGGUUCGACCAAGGCAGCUUCACAUGCCCCCUCACCAACAACCUCGUAUCCAACUCCGACCUCAUUCCCAACCACACGCUUAGGAUGAUAAUCCAAGAUUGGUGCGUGGAGAAUCAGCGGUGCGGCGUUCAGAGAAUCCCAACCCCGAGAGUACCCAUCACCCCCAACGACGUGCACCAUCUUCUUCUCCUUCUGCAUGCCAAGGCCUCGCGUCUCGACCAAGACGCGUGCCUUCAACUGGUGCAUAAAAUUCAGAGGUGGGGUGCAGAGAGCCACAGAAACAUGCGCUGUUUAGUGGAUAACGGAGCUCCAACUGCAUUAGCCUCUGCGUUUUAUGCAUUUGCUAAUGCUGAUGUUAAUGCUGAUGACGAUUCCGUGGAGAGGAAUCCUUAUGUGUGCGUGCUUCAUCAAAUGUUGUCGGCUCUCAACUCCAUGUUUCCGACCCAAUCGGAACCCAUCCAACAUUUGGGGUCUCCUCCUUCUUUACGUUGUAUUGUGUCUUUCCUCAGGCGACAGGAUCUCUCGGGGAAAGAAAGCUCAAUCGUCGCACUCAAACACCUUCUUUCUUUUGGUCAUCAUCAGCACCUCGAGGCUUUGGCGCAAAUUGAAGGAAUUAAUCAACUUUUGGUCGAAUUUCUUAACCCAAGAAUUUUUAGUCCGACCAUUGUUAAAGCAUCCUUGGCGGUGGUUUGGUAUUUGGUUUCGUCGUCCUCUCCUUGUACCCACAAAAUGAGAUUGAAGUUUGUUGAAUUGGGUAUGGUUUGUGUGGUGGUCGACAUUCUCGUCGACUCCGAAAGGAGCCUCUGUGAGAGGGCUCUCGGUGUUCUUGAGUCCCUCUGCGCUUGUGAAGAAGGAAGAGAAAAGGCUUAUGGCAAUGCGUUGGCGAUUCCUCUUCUGGUGAAGAAGCUUCUGCGAGUUUCGCCGUUGGGCUCGGAUUACUCUGUUUGUGCCAUUUGGAGGCUCUGCAAAUUUGGAGAAGAGAUGGCUCUGCUGGAGGCCCUGCAAGUGGGUCUCUUUCAGAAGCUUUUGCUGGUAUUGCAGGUUGGUUGUGGUGAUGACACCAAGGAGAAAGCAACCCAGCUUCUCAAAUUGCUCAACCCUUACCGGGGCAGCGCCGUAGAAUGCGUGGAUUCCGAUUUCAAGAACCUUAAAAGAUCAAUGUAAAGAUUUGUUCACAUUAAUUGAAUUUUAAACGUGAAGAAAAUAAUAACACCAAUACCUUUCAAGUCAA